CGGCCCCGCUCAUCAGCCUCAGCCCUCAGCAGUUCACCCGGGAUCAAUACGCUCCGUGCCGUCGCUGUUACUGACGACUGAACCUAUAUGAUGGAGCGCGGCCACCAACUGUUCGACCAAAUUCCUCGCCCCAGAGCGCGCCAUGGCUCCCCCCUUCCCCCUCCUCAUACUCCUCCUCCUCGUCGCCGGCGCGGGAGCUGGCGCCGCGGCGCCGUCGAAUGCGCACGCGUGCUCGUCGGCCGAGGCCAACACCUACGCGUUCUGUGACGCCUCGCUGCCGUUCCCCGUCCGCGCGCGCGCGCUCGUCUCCCUCCUCACCCUCGACGAGAAGAUAGCGCAGCUCUCCAACACCGCGGCGGGCGUGCCGCGCCUCGGCGUCCCGCCCUACGAGUGGUGGUCCGAGUCGCUCCACGGCCUCGCCGACAACGGCCCGGGCGUCAACUUCUCCUCGGGCCCCGUCGCCGCGGCCACCAUCUUCCCCCAGGUCAUCCUCUCCGCCGCCGCCUUCAACCGCUCGCUCUGGCGGGCGGUAGCCGAGGCCGUCGCCGUGGAGGCGCGCGCCAUGCACAACGCCGGCCAGGCCGGGCUCACCUACUGGGCGCCCAACAUCAACGUCUUCCGCGACCCGCGCUGGGGCCGCGGCCAGGAGACGCCCGGCGAGGACCCGGCCAUGAUCGCCGCCUACUCCGUCGAGUAUGUCAAGGGCUUCCAGGGGGAGUACGGCGACGGCAGGGAGGGCAGGAUGAUGCUCUCCGCCUGCUGCAAGCACUACAUCGCCUAUGAUUUGGAGAAAUGGGGCAAGUUUGCGCGAUACACCUUCAAUGCCGAGGUAAAUGCGCAAGAUUUCGAGGACACGUACGAGCCUCCUUUCAAGAGCUGCAUCCAGGAGGGUCGUGCAAGUUGCUUGAUGUGUUCAUACAACCAGGUAAAUGGUGUGCCAGCAUGUGCGCGUAAAGAUCUGCUGCAGAAGAUUAGGGAUGAAUGGGGAUUUAAAGGGUACAUCGUAUCUGAUUGUGACGCUGUGGCAAUAAUCCACGAAAACCAGACAUACACGAGUUCAGGCGAAGAUUCAGUAGCGAUUGUUCUUAAGGCUGGAAUGGAUGUCAACUGUGGGUCUUUCCUGAUUCGGCAUACAAAGUCGGCUAUCGAGAAAGGAAAGAUACAAGAAGAAGAUAUCAACCAUGUUCUUUAUAACCUGUUUUCUGUUCAGCUUCGCCUUGGACUUUUUGAGAAAACCAGUGAGAAUCAAUGGUUCACUCGACUAGGCCCCAGCAAUGUUUGCACAAAAGAGCACAGGGAGCUCGCAGCAGAAGCUGUAAGGCAGGGAACCGUCUUGUUGAAGAACGAUAACAGUUUUUUGCCUCUAAAGAGAAGUGAAGUUAGUCAUAUUGCUAUAAUUGGAGCGGCAGCAAACGAUGCAUACAUAAUGGGUGGAGAUUACACAGGUGUUCCCUGUGAUCCUAUCACCUUCCUUAAAGGCAUGCAAGCCUUUGUUCCGCAAACGACCGUUGCUGGCGGUUGCAAAAAUGUAUCAUGUGACUCAACGGAUGGAUUUGGUGAAGCCAUUGAAGUAGCUAAAAGAGCUGAUAUUGUUGUUGUGAUUGCUGGGUUGAACCUGACUCAGGAGACCGAAGAUCUUGAUAGAGUGACCCUUCUCCUUCCAGGCAAGCAGCAGGAUCUCGUAAAUAUCAUUGCCGGUGUAACAAAGAAGCCUAUUGUGUUGGUCAUCACGGGCGGUGGUCCUGUCGAUGUUUCUUUCGCGAAGCAAGAUCCAAGAAUUGCAAGUGUCCUGUGGAUUGGAUAUCCAGGGGAAGUUGGCGGUCAAGUUCUCCCAGAAAUUCUUUUCGGAGAGUACAAUCCAGGAGGAAAGUUGACUAUGACUUGGUACCCCGAAUCCUUCACUGCGGUUCCAAUGACCGAUAUGAACAUGAGAGCCGACCCUUCGCGCGGCUACCCUGGAAGAACAUAUCGGUUCUACACCGGAGAUGUGGUAUACGGUUUCGGUCACGGUCUGAGUUACACAAAGUACUCAUACAACUUCUUGCAAGGUCCAAACAGAAUCAGCCUGUCACAGUCACCAGUUCCAGGCCUCAUCAGUAGGAAGCCUGCAUACACACGGAGGGACGGACUGGACUACGUCCAGGUUGAAGACAUCGCAUCAUGUGAAUCCCUAGUCUUCUCUGUCCACAUCUCGGUCACCAACGAAGGUGCCAUGGACGGGAGCCACGCCGUCCUGCUGUUCACGAGAUCGAAGUUGAGAGUUCCGGGCUUCCCUCUGAAGCAGCUGGUUGGUUUCGAGCGCGUUUACACUGCCGCCGGCAGAUCAACCAACGUGGAGAUCAAGGUGGAUCCCUGCAAGCACAUGAGCGCGGCCAACACUGAAGGCAGAAGGGUGCUGCUCCUGGGAUCCCAUCAUGUCAUGGUAGGAGACGAAGUGCACGAGUUUGUCAUCGAAGCAUAACAAUCUACAAGGUGUGUCACUUCUAUAGCUGCUGUAUUUGGCAUAGUCGGAUUUACACCUGUACAAUUGUACCAUAAUCAUGUUGUAAAGAUUCAUUGGAUGCAUGUACGGUUGAACCGAUUUUGCAGUAAAAAAAACAGAAGCAGUAAUUUUGACGCUGUUCCAGUUUGUCAUCGAAGCAUAACAAUCUACAAGGUGUGUCACUUCUAUAGCUGCUGUAUUUGGCAUAGUCGGAUUUACACCUGUACAAUUGUACCAUAAUCAUGUUGUAAAGAUUCAUUGGAUGCAUGUACGGUUGAACCGAUUUUGCAGUAAAAAAAACAGAAGCAGUAAUUUUGACGCUGUUCCA